UGAGAACAACCUUAUCAGCUAUGUGCUACGAUCCUAUCUCAAGCAUACUUCUCUUUCUCCAGCUCAAUCGAUUCACAUGCAUGGUCACACUCACUCACACACAGGACAAAUUGCUGUCUCAGCUUCAUCUCGAUCCGAAAGGCGACAAAUUUUUGUGAUACCAUGAAUCGGUUGUGUUUUGUCUUCCACCUUAUCAGGACCCAGGAUUAGAUAUCCUCUUAAAUCUUCUUGCUUCGUCGGCAAUAGCUGGCUUCAUGUGCUCUGAUUUCUUGUGCUCAGCUUUGGAGAGUAGAUCUUAUCUGGAAACCCAGAGUUCUUAUUGAACACCGACCCAAGAGAACUGUGAAUUGAGGGAUAAUUUCCGGUAUAAAGGUGACGAGAUUAAGAACCAAAGAUCGUUUGCCAGCCACGGUGUUCUGAACUCAAAACAGUGUUCGGAAAGAGACACUGACCAAAGAUAACAACAAGAUAUAAGGACCGACACCUUCUCUUAUCCCGUUCAUUUCUAUUCUCCAUAAUUUUCUCGUCCCAAUGGCAGUUCCUCUGAGGAGUGGUCUGUCCUUUCGUUGUGUUCAUGAGACUGGGUUGGAGAGGAAGGAGACAGAUGUUCCAGGUUUGGAUGUCUUGUCUUGGAAGAACGACAUCAAGGGAAGGCGAUCUCUGCUGAAAGAACCGAGAGAUUCACACGAAUGGAGGCCCCAAAGCCACCCAAUUUCCCCAAUUCAUGGUCAGAACACUUCAGUGUGUGCUGCUCGAGCUUUUAGGUGGUGGGAGAAGAACACCUCAUCAAAUAUGACGGAGAUCGAAUCAACAAACCAACUGGUCCACUCAUUGCUGCAUGCUGAGGAUAAACUCGUAAUCGUCGACUUCUAUUCCCCAGGAUGUGGAGGUUGCAAAGCUCUGCAUCCCAAGAUAUGUCAACAAGCUGAGAUGAAUCCAAGUGUGAUGCUUCUGAGAGUCAAUUGCGAGGAGCACAAAGCCAUGUGCCGAAGCCUUCACAUCCAUGUUCUUCCCUUCUUCCGGUUCUACCGAGGCGCCCAAGGCCGCGUCUGUGCCUUCAGCUGCACUAACGCAACCAUCAGCAAGUUCAACAACGCACUCGCGAAGCAUGGGAUGGAUCGGUGCAGUAUCGGGCCUGCGAAAGGCUUGGAAGAAGGCGAGCUGCUGAGUUUAGCUUCGAAUCCAGACGCCCAUUUUGGUUAUCCAUGGCGAUCCUUGUCCCAGGACUUGGCUCUGUCGAUCCCUGAUGAAUCUUCAGUGGGGGAGGUCGAAGCUGCAGCAGCAACAGCUGCAUUGGCAUUGAGAGGAUCUCAAAUAUGUUAACAGGAUUGGUAUCGUUACAUUACAAACGCUCGAAGGAGACGUGUAAUUUCCAUGAAGAGUGUCCAUUUUUCACCUAUUAAUCAUUUUUUUAUAUCUACAAAAAUCUGUAUUUCCUUUUUUCUUUUUUUUUGUGAAUCGAUCGGUUUCUUUGGUAGUAUUUCAUAGGUGAAUUGGUUUAAACCAC